AUGGCGGCCGGGAGAGAAAAGAGACCGGUUGACAUGGACUGUGCAAUAUUUAGUGGAGGGUGGUUUCAUGCCCACCUAACAGCAUCACCCACCACCAUAGUUGAGCUCCUCCCCCGGAAAAAUAUUGUACGGUCCCUUAUCGCUGUCAACAUGGCUACCGCACCUAGUGAAAGUGAAGUUACCGACUUGGCAAUCGCGUCAGUUUUAGCUGAACUUGGCAGCAUUUCUUCACUCCAACCUGAGCAACUUGAGGCACUGAAGUCUUUCGUCGGCGGGAAAGAUGUUUUGGCGUUUUUGCCUACUGGGGUUGGCAAAGAUUUGGUCUACCAGAUCGCCCCCAUGGUGUUCGAAAAGUUGGGCCGCGUCAACCCCAUUGUCAUCGUGGUGACACCACAAGUCGCUCUGAUCAAAGAGGAUCAAAACACCGAGGAUCUACAUCUACAACCCGUGGAUCUGAUGGAGAACCAGAUACGGGAAGCGACAGCAAUCGGGGUGAAAGCGGCACAGCUUGGUGGAAGUGACGACGAGGGCAUCGCGCAGGGAGAGUUCCAGCUGGUGUUGGGCGGGCCUGAGCGGUGGGUACUUGAGGAUGAGUGGAGGGAGAUGUUGUCCUCAGCAGUCUACCAGGAAAACCUCGCUGGAGUUGUGGUGGACGAGGCCCACCUGGCUUAUAAAUGGAGCCAACAAUCCAAGUAUCAGUCUGAACUCCGUGAAGCCUUUUAUAGACUUGGUGAGCUCAGGUCUCUGGUGCCAGAAGGAACCCCAAUCCUGGCUCUCACAGAAUCAGCUGACCUGAAGUCGGUACAAAAGGUGCGGAUGGUCUUGGAGAUGGAGGACGCCCAUGUAGUAAGAGCCAGUCCUAACAGGCGCAAUGUUAGACUAGGUCUGGUACCCUUCCCUCGUGACAAAACAGUGUCCCUUGGCUGGAUUAUUGAUGAGAUUCGUGACAAAGGGCUGGAUAUGAACUGUAUCAUUAUUUACUGUAGACACUUGAAAGCAGUAAAUAAGGUCUUCAGCCACCUGAAGUAUGAACUGGGGGCUGAUGCAUGGGUAGGCGAGAAGGUCUCCAGUAAUAUGCUGAUUGGGAUAUAUUUUAGUGCUACUCUGGACAAGUACAAGGACAGAAUUAGGAAGUCCCUAGUUGGAGAGGGGAGCUGUAGGGUUGUGGUGGCUACUGGUGCCCUGGGUAAUGGUAUCGACUUCAUGAAUGUUGGUAAGGUAGUCAUGUAUGGGCCUCCAGAAAACAUGGAGAAUAUUCUCCAAAUGGUCAGCAGGGCAGGUCGUGAUGGCAAGAAGGCAGACGCCGUGUUGUAUUACAAGGAUGAGCAACUCGCGAAAGUUGACAAAGCUGUGAAAGCGUUUGUGGAAGCUAAGAGUGGUGAAACUUGUAUCAGAAAACGGCUGUUAGGUCAUUUUGAAGACAGUCCGGUGUCUGUAGAGCCAGACCAUAACUGCUGCACCAGUUGCCACCGUGCAUGUAAGUGUGCAGGUGAUAGGUGAUCUCAGUCCUUCUUACAAUGUGAAUCAUCAGUUGAGUCUAGAGAAUUACAUGUAUAUGAGGAAUGGCAAGUUUUUUUGAAGGGAGCUCCUUUUACAUUACCAGGAAUCCUGAUGUUCCACUUUCGACACCUGCUAAAUUUUGGCACGUUUUCUGUGAUGAGUUGAUUGGCUCGGUUCUUGAACACUGUCCUCCCAUAUUUACACAAGAGGAUGUG